AGAUAAUUGUUUUGACUAUAGAGAUUUGUAUUAUCACUUCAUGUAACUGUCUUCCCCUGUUAAAACUGACUGUCCACUCAUUGUGAUGUCAACAGGUGAUGGAAUGUGGAAGAUAGACAUUGAUGAACCAGCUACUAAUAAUAAUAGCAAGACACAAGGUGUCUUUUACAGGUUUUGUUCUCUACCAAGACACAUUCCUGCAGAUCGGUGUGUAGGAUCAUCUUACAUCAAAGAAGAGUUGCAGAAGAAGAAACAUCAAACUAGAAGAGUUAAACCAAGAGGACCGAGUCUACAGACUGACUUUUUUCCCCAAAAUAACCCAUUGGAAAUCUUUGUUAAUGAGACAAAGUUGUUACCUCAGUGUUCACCUGAUGUAGCAGUCAUCAGACCAAAGAACUUAUCUAAGAGAGAUGUACAUGAACAUCAAAAAGAAGAAAAGAAAAAACGAUAUAAACACCUCACCCUUUCUAACCAAACUUCUGAUUAUCUGAAUUCUAAAAAUGAGAAACACAUUAGCAAUAUCAGUACUACGAACCUCCAUCCUGCCUGUAGCAAUAUCAGUACUACGAACCUCCAGCCCACCUGUAGCAAUAUCAGUACUACGAACCUCCAUCCCGCCUGUAGCAAUAUCAGUACUACGAACCUCCAGCCCACCUGUAGCAAUAUCGGUACUACGAACCUCCAGCCCACCUGUAGCAAUAUCGGUACUACGAACCUCCAGCCCACCUGUAGCAAUAUCGGUACUACGAACCUCCAGCCCACCUGUAGCAAUAUCGGUACUAUGAACCCCCAGCCCACCUGUAGCACUAUCAGUACUAUGAACCCCCAGCCCACCUGUAGCAAUAUCAGUACUAUGAACCCCCAGCCCACCUGUAGCAAUAUCAGUACUAUGAACCUCCAGCCCACCUGUAGCAAUAUCAGUACUACGAACCUCCAGCCUGCCUGUAGCAAUAUCAGUACUACGAACCUCCAGCCCGCCUGUAGCAAUAUCAGUACUACGAACCUCCAGCCCGCCUGUAGCAAUAUCAGUACUACAAACCUCCAGCCCACCUGUAGCAAUAUCAGUACUACGAACCUCCAGCCCACCUGUAGCAAUAUCAGUACUACGAACUUCCAGCCCACCUGUAGCAAUAUCAGUACUACGAACCUCCAGCCCACUUGUAGUAAUAUCAACACUACAGCCAUAAGAAGUGCCUCUUCAUCUAAUGUUGUCUCACUUGGUGACACAGUUAACACAUCAUUAUCAAAGCCACGAAUUACAUGUAGUAAUAUCAACACUACAGCCAUAAGAAGUGCCUCUUCAUCUCAUGUUGUCUCACCUGAUGACACAGUUAACACAUCGUUAUCAAAGACACGAAUUACGUGUAGUAAUAUCAACACUACAGCCAUAAGAAGUGCCUCUUCUUCUAAUGUUGUCUCACCUGGUGACACAGUUAACACAUCGUUAUCAGCACACCAUACAACUGACAAUUAUGUUAUUGUCCAAGAAUUGAAGUGCAAGAGUCCAUCAGGGAUCUCAGAAGAUAGUCUUGAAGUUUCUUCACCAAACAGAUCUAAUCAUUUUAACGCACAGCAACAGCUUAGUGAAUCGUUUGAGGCUCGACUGUUAGCAGAAAUACAAAAAGAAGAGGAAGACCAAGAGGAUCAGAUUCAUCUGUCAUAUGGAGGUAAUCAGCAGAAAGUGCUUUUUGAGAGAGAAAUCUCUGAAGAAGAACACUCAAUCAGUUUUGCUGAUUUGGCCUACACUUAUGAAACACAGGAAGAAAUGAAGAAAACUAGACUUCCCCGUCUGUCAGAUCCUCUUAAUUCAACAGAUCCCCAAGACUGGGCUGAAGCCUCCAGUCUGUUGGAAGCAAGAGGAGGAACGUGUUCACAUCUUGAAGCUAGAAAAAGAGUACAAAAUGGUCAGUCCAAGCCAUGCGAUAAAGACUCCAGUGAUUACCUGAAAGUCUUGUUUGACCCUGAACUUGACUGUUACUAUGACCCAAGAACUGGGAAAUAUUAUGAGCUUUUGUAAUACCUUAAUAAUUAAACAUUUUCUAACUUUUUCACAGUUUUUCAUUCUCAUUUGUGUUGUGUUCAAAAAUAAAUAGAGGUAGUGUAACUUUUUUGAUAUAUAUCCUUGUUGAAGGUUCUUUAAUAUAUACUUAUAUCUCUGUUAGUGAAUAAAUAUAUAUUUUUGUUGAAGGUUCUUUAAAAAUAUUUAUAUCUCUGUUAGUGAAUGAAAAUCAAGCAGAAAUGUUUGUUUCAUCUACAAGCUAGUUUGUGUGAAGAAUGUACAGUUACUAAGUUUGUAUAUGUAAUAAAUAAAAUACAUUUCU